AUUUUAUUUUAUACACCAAGAUGGCUGUGGAAGUCUUGGGAAGGCGGUAAGAUUCACGCACUUAUUAUGGACUUAGAUAUAGGCAUUUGUUCCGAAGCCGAGAAAAAACAAAAAAAGAAAUUACUUUUAGAUUAUUUAUGGGAGAAUCUCAGAUAUCACAACUGGUGGGCUUACAGGUAUUAUGUCUGUGAGCUGCUGGCGCUGAUUAAUGUGAUAGGUCAAAUGUUUCUUAUGAAUCGAUUUUUCGAUGGCGAAUUUAUGACAUUUGGCUUGGAUGUGAUAGCGUAUAUGGAGACGGAUCAAGAAGAUCGCAUGGAUCCUAUGAUAUACAUAUUCCCCAGAAUGACCAAAUGUACAUUUUUUAAAUACGGUUCAAGUGGGGAGGUUGAAAAACAUGAUGCCAUCUGCAUACUGCCAUUGAAUGUUGUUAAUGAGAAAAUUUAUAUUUUCCUUUGGUUUUGGUUUAUAUUAUUAACGUUUCUCACAUUACUAACACUAAUAUACAGGGUGGUUAUUAUAUUUUCACCACGUAUGAGAGUGUAUUUAUUUCGUAUGCGAUUUAGGUUAGUGCGUCGAGACGCAAUAGAAAUAAUCGUUCGUCGUUCAAAGAUGGGCGAUUGGUUCUUAUUAUAUUUAUUAGGAGAAAAUAUAGAUACAGUUAUAUUUCGUGAUGUUGUACAGGACUUAGCCAAUCGUUUAGGACAUAACCAACACCACAGGGUGCCUGGACUAAAAGGCGAAAUACAAGAUGCAUGAUAUUGGGAGUACUAAAGUGCGUACGGAAUGCAAUUCGUCAUCUCAAUAUAAAAAUAGCAAACACGCUGCUUACUAUAAGUAAACACCAAAUCAUCGUUCUCA